CCAAGACUACCUACCCUGUUUCUAGACCUGUCUCUGCAGCCAUCACCCAGGGAACCAAUCCCUGAAGAAAGAGUUUUCCCUUCUCACCACCACCAACUGCUGACCAACUGCCACCAACAGGCAGCUCCGGAGACAUUGCUUCCUGGAGCCAGAUCCUAGGACACUGCCAGGAUGAAGACCCCUUCUUGGCUCCUCUUCUUCCUCAUGCUUCUCCUCCCCCAGGAAGGAGAAGCAGAAUCUGGAGAGGAUCCUGAUAUAGAAGAGAUCAUGGCAGUCCUGGGAGAGUCAAUCAUUCUCCCCAUGAACAUCGCAGAAGGUGAACAAAUUGAGGAAAUUUAUUGGAUUUUCCAAUCAGUUCUUGCCACCAUUAAAGAAGUAGCCCCAGGAGAGCCACCCACCAUCACCAUCUCUGACCCUCGCUACAAGGUCCUAGUGAAUAGCCCUGACCAACUCUACUCCCUGCAGAUCAGCAACCUGAGCAAAGAGGACGAGGGAACCUACAGAGCAAAUAUAGUCACUGAGGACCCUCUGAGCACCAUCACUCGGAGGUUUACUCUACGCAUCUACCGACGACUUCCAAAGCCUAAAGUCACCAUAUACUUGACGAUCUCUGAGGAGUCCAUGUGCAAUGUCACCUUAAAAUGUCACGUGGAUGGGAGAGGAGAUGAUGAGGAGUACGCCUGGACACCCCUGGGACCAAGGACUGUUGUUUCUGAUGGGGGCUCUGCCCUCCACCUAUCCUUGAAGCCUGGAGACAGUGACCUUACUUGUACAUGCAUAGUCAGAAACCCCGUCAGCCUCAGUUCCCACUCCCUCCAAGCCAGGCAGUUCUGUACAGGCCCCAGAACAUCAUCUUCAAAUUCAUGUUCCCCCCUUGCAAAGGGACUCUUCAUUCUCUUACUCCUAGGGAUUUUAACGGUUGGGAUUAUUGUAGUUAGCAUUCUAACAAAAAAUAAAAAGACAAUCGCAAGAAUUCACAGGGGGAUGAAGCUGAGGAAGAAUGUGAAGCAAGAAAAAAUGCAGGCAAAGGAGUUUCCAACACCAGAGCACACCCCUGAAUGAUCGACAGGUCCAGGGUCUGGGCCCUGGAUGGGGAGCCCCAUCCUACCCCCUUCCCUUGCUGUGUGUUUCUUCUUGGGGAUCCUUGCUGGGAAUUCAUUCUCAGGGACUUUUCUCCUUCCUCAAAGACUUUAGGAGAGCCAUCAGGCGGGAACCCCAAAGGCUCUUGCUAUCUUAAGAAAAAGGGUCAUGCAAUAAAGUGAAACCAAGUGAAAAUGACCAAAAAUGCUCUUUUUAUCCCAUUCCCCCCUCCCUAAUCUUUAAAAAUUAUUUGUUAUAGAGAUGGCAUUCUGGGUGAGAGAAGGAGAGGGAGAUGCUGGGAAAUGUAGGUGAUGCCCCAAAUAAAAGAGAACAACAUAGCAAUGGGGGAAAAAAAAGGAAAAAAAUCAGAGAAGUUUUGCCCCAAGCCUGUCAGUCUGUCCUCUGUCCUCUGGUGGGACUGGACUUAAUUGAAAACUAUUCCCCUAUUCUAUCCUGGUCUCUUAUCCUUCUUGCAGCAUUUCCUUCCCAGGCUUGCUAGGCCAAGCUAACAAUCUGGGAGGAAAAGUAAAUCUGAGAAAUUCAUUUACAUUAAGUGUUAGUGGCUUAAUGUGCUAAUUCUCCCAAGAGAACUUACCUUUAAAAAGAUAACAGGGAAUAAUUCUGAACAUGGUGCAAGGAAUCUUUAAGAAAGGAAUUUUAACCUAGAGAAGGAUGGGAACCUGGAGAGAGAAGAUAUAACUGUCAGUCUUUCCUGGAGUUAGGGUCUCUUUGCCUCUUCAACCCCAGAAUCCUUCUAACUCUAGCAGAUAUGCCCACUUAACCUCCACCCUUGGGCUCAUCCCUUCUUCCUGCCUGUGGACAAUUCAAUUUGUGGGGAAAAUGCCAGACAGGAAGGGAUCAGUAAUAUCCCCUCCUCCCUGUCCUUCUUUAUCUGCUCAAGCUUCCUUAGCUCUACUGGGUGCUGUCAUGACUUAGAAGCAGCUGUUAGCAUCUCUUGUAAUGAUUAGAAUGACACCACCUGCUGGAGAGCUACUGUAGGAAAGCUCUGCCAUGAGGAGAAGGCAUCUGAGGGCAAGCCAUGCGAUCAGGUCCUUGGCGUCAGGAAGUGACAUUUGCUCAUGGGUACUGUUGAUCAAAGCUACCAGCCAAUCAACUUGAGGAGCCUCCCAUUUCUGGGAGGAGGAGGACAUGAAGUAGGAAGGGGGCACUGGCGGAGGGGUUUCUCCUCUUUUGGUUCCUGACCUCGCCAUGGCGGGUUGGAUGAUGGGGUCUCUUAGAAAUAGUUAGAUUUUUACCUUUCUCUCUUAUCCUAAUGCUCUUUAAUAAAUACUUCAACACUUAAAUACUCUUGCUAAAGCUUAUAGUUUAUUGGCAACCACUCAUUAAAUGUUUUAGACUAGCUAGAAUUUUAGACCCUUACACUCUCCUGGCCUCUCAAGACCUUUUGAUCCUCCACAUCUUGGCCAAAUGUGGACAAAUCUCUCUUCCCCUUAGUUCUGUUGAAACAAAGAUGGAAUUAUUCAAAUGGCGCCUUUAUUCAGAGGUUAAGCAAGACAGCCCAAAUCCCCAAAGACCUGCUUAUGUGACUCCCCUUUACCUAUCAAGAUGUAAUGGGAAUUUGUGGUUUCUUUUUAUUAUUCUGGACUCAAGGCCAUUCCCCCUGCAAUUUUUGUUUAACUAAAAGUUAAUUUUAAUUUUAAUAUUAACCUCACCUGAACAAAAGCCUGCCUUUGGGAUAUAGAAAUUUAUUUAAGAGCCUUAAGCAAUCCUCAGAUAAGAAAAGCCAGAGGAAGAAUUUCAACUGUCCCUGACUCCUUGGUGACAUUCUCCUCAAGCAGCCUAUUUGUGAAUCUUCUAAUUGUAGUUUAAUCUGUAACCUGAUUGAGUUUCCCUAGAGAGUUCAUUUGACUUGGUUUGUUUCCUAGAGAAUGUAUGAGAUUACGACUGUUUAAGAUUGUUCAACUUUUGUGACUGAAGGAAGUUUAAGAUCAGGGAUCCAUCUUCUCUUUAAGUCUUAUGGCUUAAGAGGAAUGUACAAGGUCGCAACAUGUAAAAGAAUUCUUUCUCUGUCAUGCUGUUGUAAUUUUCCCUACAAAAGGCCUAGUAAGAAUCCUAAUCAGGGUUGAAGUAAAUCUAUACUUGAACAUAAUAAUGAAACCUAGGUUUUUACCUCCAUAAUUUCUGCGUUAUAGUAGAUGUAUUUGGCAGUAGUUACCUAUCACAUGAACUCAGAAGAGAUUUCUUCCAUAACAGAGAGAUAGGGAUGGGCCCUGUGAUUUCUUUGGCAUAAGGUAUUUCUGAUGAGGAAAUUCCCUCUACUAAUGAAGGUUGGCACCUCCUUUGUAACUUUUAGCCUUGGAGAAGUACCUGUUCUCUAGGCCCUAGAACAUGGAGACUGUAAGUGAUUUACUUGAGAGACAGCAUGAUAUAGUGGGACUUAAGAAUCAGGAAGAUGUGGUUUUGAAACUCAUUUCAGAUAUUUAGGUAACUAUGUGACCCUGGGCAAAGUCACCAUCCCUGGGCCUCAGUUUCUUCAUCUGUAACAUGAGGGAGGUGUACUUGACCACUUCUAUAGCUUAGUCUCUAUGACUUUCCUAGGGUCAUGGUAUUCGACCUUAGGUGGGGUUAGACCUUGGGCCUUCUUGGUUUUGAUGCCAGCUCUCUAUCUAUGCUACUUCUAAGGAUAUACUGAAGACAGCUCUAUGGGCUUGUUAAAUUUUCAGUGUGAGCAUUUGCACCUUGGAAUCUGCAAAUACUGUGAAUCAGAGCUUGAUUGAUUGUUUUGUUAAUUGUCUAGAUUUAAUCUUAUUUCAAUCUAACUGCCCAACUUUAUUUUAUUCAACUUCCUUUUGUGUACCAUAUGUUCAAAUAAACUGGAUUAUUUUCUGUGUCUGUAACUUCACCCUGCCCGCGCUAUUCCUGUUUCUACUAUUCUCUCAUGACUAGCAGGGUCUCUCUCCCACUCAUCUCUGUUGAAAUGUGUAAGGGUCUAGAAUUCUAGCUAUACUGUCUAAAAUAUCUAAUAAGUGGUCACCAAUAAAUUAUAAGCUUUAGCAAGAGUUAGACUUUUAAGCAUUUAUUAAGGAGAAUAAGAAUUUGGUAAAG